GCCUGUGUCUGUAUGCAGUGACAGCUGUCCACCAGGAACGCGUAAGGUUCUCCAGAAGGGGAAACCGGUUUGCUGCUAUGACUGUAUACCAUGUGCUGAAGGAGAGAUUAGCAAUACUACAGAUUCAUCAGAUUGUUUCCCUUGUCCCAAUGAGUUCUGGCCAAAUGAAGAGAAAAAUGUAUGUCUUCCUAAGCCUGUUGAGUUUCUCUCCAUGCAUGAGGUCCUUGGAAUUAUUUUGGCAGCAUUCUCAGUUGUAGGAGCCUGUUUAACCAUUAUUACAGCCAUUGUGUUCUUCCAGCACAGAGCAUCUGCUAUUGUUAGGGCCAACAACUCUGAGCUUAGCUUCCUACUGCUCUUCUCCUUGACUUUAUGUUUCCUGUGUUCUCUGACUUUCAUUGGUCCACCUUCAGACUGGUCGUGUAUGCUUCGCCACACAGCUUUUGGAAUCACCUUUGUCCUCUGUAUCUCUUGUGUUCUGGGGAAAACCCUGGUUGUGUUAAUGGCCUUCCGAGCUACACUGCCAGGUGAUAAUGUUAUGAAAUGGUUUGGGCCUGCACAGCAGAGAAUGACUGUAGUAUGUUUUACAUUUGUUCAAGUUCUGAUAUGUAUUUUGUGGUUAAUUUUAAAUCCCCCUUUCUCUAUUAGAAACCUGACCACCUACAAGGAUAAAAUCAUUCUAGAAUGUGCAUUAGGCUCAGCAAUCGGUUUCUGGGCUGUGCUAGGGUACAUCGGGCUCCUUGCUGUAUUUUGCUUUGUGUUAGCUGUUUUAGCCCGAAAACUACCUGACAAUUUUAAUGAAGCUAAGCUAAUCACAUUUAGUAUGUUAAUAUUCUGCGCUGUUUGGAUCACUUUCAUCCCAGCUUACAUCAGUUCCCCUGGAAAGUUCACUGUAGCUGUGGAGAUUUUUGCCAUAUUGGCCUCUAGUUUCGGAUUAAUGUUCUGUAUUUUUGUUCCUAAAUGUUUUAUAAUUUUGUUUAGGCCAGAGAAAAACACCAAGAAAAAUGUAAUGGGUAAAAAAUAAUUUUGUUGAUUCGA